AUGGCUUCAUCUGCGACACCGCCACCCUCAUCUCCUACGCCACCUCCAUCGUCUCCAUCUCCGUCAUCAUCAUCCAGUGGCACCGCUCAACCUGUACCUACUCUCAACCUUGGUCAGCUCAGGGAUAUGCUGGAAGGCAUCCGGGAUCAAGUUGAAGACAAAUGGAGCAGCAUUGGCAGGAUUGCUGAGACAAGAUUCGUAGAAUGGAAGAAGCUCUUCAAUGCCUGGUUGAUCUGGCUCAACAAGCACAAUGACCUCCUCCUCAUGACGAUUUCUCAAAGUCUGUUUAUCCUUCGGAUAAAUCGCUGCUGGAGCACCUAG